AUGGUCCAAAUCCCUAUGAACAAGCAAUAUCAUUUGUUGGAAAAAACCUUGGCCGCAUUUGAUGAGGAUAACUUGAUUCCUUGUUUUGGAUUUGGAGAUGCAUCAAAACAUGAUCAAGAUGUCUUUAGUUUCUAUCCAGAUGAAAGAUUUUGCAAUGAAUUUGAAGAAGUUCUAAGUCGGUAUAGGGAAAUUGUUCCUAAUAUUCGGCUUGUAGGCCCUACAUCCUUUGCACCCAUUGUUGAAAUGGAAAUGACAGUUGUUGAGCAAAGUGGAGGCCAAUACCAUGUUUUAGUGAUAAAUUGCAGAUGGCCAGGUUACAAGAAGUGUUGA